AUGAUUGAAGCUGUCUCAGUUUCUAGUGAUCAUCUCGCAUUACUGGAAAUCAAAUCAGAGAUUACACUUGAUCCUAAAGGUGCAUUGACAUCAUGGAAUGAUUCCCUUCCUUUUUGCCGGUGGAGUGGAGUGACAUGUGGUCACCGCCACCAAAGAGUCACAAUGUUGGAUCUACAAGACUUGGGUUUAGUAGGCUCUUUAUCUCCUUAUCUUGGUAACAUGAGCUUCCUCCGUUACAUUAACUUUUCCAGCAACCAACUUCAUGGAAGUAUCCCUCCUGAGAUUAGUCGUUUAUACCGAUUACAGGUAUUGUCCCUUUCCAAAAAUUCAUUCAGCGGGAAAAUCCCGGCCAACAUUUUUAACUGCUCAAAGCUAUCAUUUAUCAAUUUACAAUUGAAUAAGCUAUCUGGUAAAAUUCCAAAUGCUUUUAAUUCUAAGUCGAUGAUAACUGUGUUAGCCUUAGACAGAAAUCACCUCACCGGUUGGAUUCCACAAUCUAUAGGCAAUCUCACAUCUCUUGAGAAUCUCAGUUUACAUGAUUGUCAUCUAGAAGGGAGCAUUCCUGAUUCCUUUAGUCAAUUAAAAAACUUGAGAAAAAUAGGUCUGGGAGAGAAUGGCCUCGUUGGUGCCUUCCCUUCGUUUAUGUUUAACCUUUCCAUGUUAGAAAUUCUAAGUUUUCCAGACACUCAACUUCAAGGUAGUCUACCCUCCAACUUAUGUUUGAGUCAGCCCCAUCUCACGUGGAUAGGAUUAGGGGGUAAUCACUUCAAUGGUUUCCUUCCACCGUCAAUAUCAAAUUGCUCACAGUUGGAAAUACUUGAACUUCCUGAAAAUUAUUUAAAGGGCGAAAUAGCUGUUGAUUUUGGAAGAUUACAACAUCUUACGUCACUAUCUCUUGGCGACAACAAUUUCGGAAGCAAGGAUCUUGAUGACAUGAAUUUCUUUCCCUCGUUGUCCAACUGCAGCAAUUUGGAAAUGAUGGAUAUUAGCUUCAACCAAUUAGGAGGGGUGCUGCCAAAUUCACUUGGGAAUUUGUCAUCCAAACUUUGGUACCUAGGGAUGAAUUCAAACUAUCUUUCAGGUAGCAUUCCUUCAUCUAUAGGCAAUUUGUUAGGCCUAACCACAUUUUCUUUAAAUGAGAACAACUUCACAGGCUUGAUUCCUGAAAGCAUUGGCAAGCUUCAAAACUUGCAAGAACUGUAUCUUCUUGACAACCAUUUCUCUGGGGUUAUUCCAAGAUCUAUGGGAAACUUGUUGUUGGUGCACUUGUGUCAUUUCAAAGUUGGUAGAAAUCUGUGUCAGACCUUACCUCCUUUUGCCGAAAGUUGA